UUGCCCUUCGACUUCAAUGGUUAUUGCACAUGGCAGCAGUAGAUGUAUCCUAUAUGUUUCCUCACUUGGAAGGUGUGGUAACUUCUGCAGUAAGCUUAAUUGAUGCAUUUGUGAAGAAAAAUCCAGAGGAGUACAAAGGCUGUGUGUCUCUUGCAGUUUCCAGACUUAGUCGAAUUGUGACUGCAUCAUACACAGACUUGCAAGAUUACACAUAUUACUUUGUUCCUGCUCCCUGGUUAUCAGUCAAAUUAUUACGCCUGCUGCAGAAUUACCCUCCACCAGAGGAUGCUGGUGUAAGAGGUCGUUUGACAGAGUGCCUUGAAACUAUAUUAAAUAAAGCUCAGGAGCCACCAAAGUCUAAAAAAGUUCAACAUUCCAAUGCUAAAAAUGCUGUGUUGUUUGAAGCGAUAAGUUUGAUUAUUCAUAUGGAUAGUGAACCUAAUCUUCUUGUGAGAGCAUGUAAUCAACUUGGGCAGUUUUUACAGCAUAGGGAAACAAAUUUAAGGUAUCUAGCUUUAGAAAGCAUGUGCUUAUUAGCAACUUCAGAAUUUUCUCAUGAGGCUGUCAAAAAGCAUCAAGAAACUAUUAUCAAUGCUUUAAAGACUGAAAGAGAUGUAAGUGUUCGUCAGCGUGCUGUUGAUCUCUUGUAUGCCAUGUGUGAUAAAAGUAAUGCUGAAGAAAUUGUUGGUGAGAUGUUAGCUUAUUUGGAAACUGCUGAUUAUUCCAUAAGGGAGGAAAUGGUUCUUAAAGUUGCAAUUUUAGCUGAAAAAUAUGCAUCGGAUUAUACAUGGUAUGUGGAUGUCAUUUUAAAUUUGAUAAGAAUUGCAGGUGAUUAUGUUAGUGAAGAAGUGUGGUACAGAGUUAUUCAGAUUGUUAUAAACCGUGAUGAUGUUCAAGGAUAUGCUGCAAAAACGGUGUUCGAGGCUCUUCAGGCACCUGCUUGCCAUGAAAAUAUGGUCAAAGUUGCAGGCUAUAUACUAGGAGAGUUUGGAAACCUGAUUGCUGGGGAUCAAAGGUCAAGCCCUCUGAUUCAGUUUCAGCUUCUUCAUUCAAAAUAUCAUCUAUGUCCUGCACCAACUAGAGCUCUACUUUUAACAACCUAUAUAAAAUUUAUCAAUCUUUUUCCUGAAAUAAAACAUGAAAUUCAAGCAAUUCUUAAAAGUGAUAACAAUAUUAGAAGUGCUGAUGCUGAGCUACAGCAGCGGACUGUUGAGUAUCUUCAGUUAAGCAGUAUAGCUACAUCUGAUGUCCUAGCUACUGUUUUAGAAGAAAUGCCUCCUUUUCCUGAGAGAGAAUCCUCGAUUUUGGCCAUUCUAAAGAAAAAGAAGCCUGGGGUAGCUGAAGGACUUCCACCAAAUGCCGUUACCAAGGAACAUCCUGCAUUGUUUAAUCACAGCGUAACUAACAAUGUAGAAGUAAAUAAUACGCAGCCUGCUGCCACUACGGGUGAUUUGCUAGGCAUAGCUGGCACACCUACAAAUUCUCAAGUUCCAGCUGCACCUACGACAAAUGAUCUGCUAGUAGAUGUAUUUGGAGAUCUUGCUUCACCUCCAGCAGCUGCUUCUAAUGCAUCAUCACCACCUACAUCUUUGGCUCCUGGAGCUGUAGUUAUCUCAAAUGAAGAAGGGCUUUAUAAAUUGGUGUGUAAAAAUAAUGGAAUAUUGUUUGAAAAUGAUCUCUUACAAAUUGGUGUUAAAAGUGAAUUCAGGCAAAACUUAGGACGCAUUGGUCUUUUUUAUGGCAAUAAGACUCCUCUUCAGUUCCAUAGUUUUGUUCCAAGUGUUUCUUGUUCAGAUAGUUUAAGCAAAAAAAUUAAUAUCCAGUGUAAACCUGUUGAACCUACAAUAGAUGCAGGUGCUCAGGUACAACAGCAGUUGAAUAUAGAAUGUAUAGACGAUUUCAAUGAAAAACCAGUGCUGACAGUACAGUUCAUGUACUCCAGUGUUCUUCAGAAAUUAAACAUGAAAUUGCCUGUGACAAUAAAUAAGUUUUUUGAACCAACAGUCAUGAAUUCUGAAGCUUUUUUCACCAGGUGGAAAAAUCUAAACAAUCCCUCUCAAGAAGCACAGAAAAUAUUUAAAGCCAAGUAUCCCAUGGAUAGUGAGGCAACAAAAACAAAGUUAAAUGGUUUUGGUAUUAUGCUGCUGGAAGGUAUUGAUCCAAACCCGGAGAACUUUGUAUGUGCUGGAAUUAUUCACACUAGUAAAAUUCAAGUUGGAUGCCUUUUAAGAUUAGAACCAAAUAGACAGGCACAGAUGUACCGUUUAACUGUUCGGACCAGCAAAGAUUCUGUUUCCAAAGAACUCUGUGAACUGUUGCAAGAUCAAUUUUGACCUCUGUUGGUAGUUUUUCUUGAAUUCUUUUCAGCAAUGUGUGUACUGGAAAAAUGGCAUAAAGGAUUGUUGCACUCUUGUCUAUUUAUCUCGUGUGCUUCAUGGGUUGAAAAUAAGUCCCUCAGUUGUAUAUCGAACAUAGUGGCAUAAUUACUCAAAUUUGAGUGUUUAUGCUCAAGUUUUGAAUAUACAGUAUUUUGUUCCUGAACUGUGGUGUAAAUUUUGUGUAGGGGCUAAAGGUCACCUUUCAUUGGGAAGAAAACUGAAGAGUGCUAUUCAUUGACAGAGAUGCCAAGCCCUGAAAAUAGUUAUGGAAGGACUUAUUUUUGAAUUAUAGUUUUAGGAUAUGUAAGGGGGGAAACUUUGUCCAGAAUGAUCAUUCCAAAUUUUUGUUAAUUUAGACAUUUAAUGGAUAGUUAUGUCUCCUUCCAUUUAUUGUAAGUUCCAAUCCCUUUGUUGGUUUUAACUCCUGUGUACGUCAGUAAAUAUAUAUAUAUUUAUAUGAAUUCGCAGUAUUCAGUUUAAUUUUUAAAAUAUUCAUAUUUAACUGAGACAUUCCAAGCACUGAAUGAUUACCAUAGGUUAACUUGUUAAUUAUGAUUAUGAAUAAGUGAAAUUUAAAAAAAAAAAUUUUUUGUUAUAGUUAUUUCUCAUAUGUUUAUUACAUUAUUUUGGAUAUAUAGGUAUUCAGAUGAAUUCCUUGUACAUGUAAAAUAACUUAUAAAGAAAGCUAUUGUAAAAAUUAAAAUAUUUAUUUUUAGAUAUUUGAUAUACAUUUGUAGUUGUAUCUAUAUUGAUUGGAAGAUGUUCUUUGUUAUGUUUGUACCUGAAUAUGAUCUGUGUUGUUCUAGAAGUGUUCAUUAUUUCAUGCAGUAAAUUGUUUUUUUUAGCAAGCUAAUUUCAUCUUUAACUUGAUGUGAAAAGGAAUUUAUGGUAUUUGUCUUGCGGCUAUUUAAAGAGAUGUAUCUGCAUCAGAUCGUUGGCAUCUCUGUUCGUAAUUACUUAGCUAGUUAAUGAUAUAUUUAUGUGACAGGCAUUGCAUCUGAAAAUCAUGGAACGUAGAUAUGUUUCAAUAAUCUGUAAGAUGUUAAAUAUUGUAAGAAAAGUAGAAUGUGCACUUAUGAAUUCGUUCAGUUUUUAUUGAAGGAAAUGUCAUAUUUUUCAUGCUUCUUCCUUUUAUGGUGCUUGCCAUGUUAGUAAAAUCUUGUACUUUAAAAAUGAAUUUUUAAGACUGAUAAGUGGUAUAUUUUGAUCAAAUAUUGGCAUUUGCUAAUUUUGUCAUUAUGUAUUAAACAUCUUCUAAGAUUUUGUUGCAAUGGAAGUUGCUUUCUGAUGCUUUUGACUUGGUAGUCUGAAUAAAAUGGUGUUUAAGUCAUUAUUUUGAAGUGAUGGAUCACUCAACAAUUGUAAGUUACAUGCAUAUUGUAUAAUGUUUUUAUUUGCUUUUAUUUAGAGGUCACAUUUCAUUUCUAAAACCUAAAGUAUAUAUUGAUUAGUGAAAUCUUUAAUGCAAAGCACAGAAUCUUCCUAAAAUAAUUUAAUUUGCCAUUAUGAAAGUUAGCUCUUAAAAUAUAGUUUUAUUUUCAUUUAAAACCUCUGACCUGAAACUUGUGGGUUUUUGUUUAAUUAAAAUAAUCAUUCUGGAUUUUAGAUCUUUCUUAUUUUUCGUUUUUACUAGUGUAGCUGUGACUUGUGUUAACUUCUGAAUCAUUUCAAUGUAGGAAUCUACACUGAAGUGCCUAUCUUAAUGUUUUUUUUUUUUUUUUUUUUUUUUUUAAUUUAUCCAAUAUUUGAGCAUGUAAUUAAGUAGCUGAGAUGAAAUUUAUUUUAUUUUUAUAAACACAAGAGCAUACAUGUAAUUACAUUGAGUUUAAAGGCAUCGUUGUACUUCAUCACACUUCUGUGCCAAGUAUUAAAAGAAAUCAUAAGUUCUGGAAGUGAUUUUCUUUUUGUAAAUGAUUUCUAAGUCAUAUUUACUGUUGUGUAAAGAUUUCUUUGUAAUCCUUACAUGUAUUUUACAUUAAUCUGAAUGUGUGAAAUGUGUCCAAUAUUAAGAACAUUCUGUGAAAGCUGUUUACUAUAUGAACUGCAGUAGUUGUUACUGAUCUGUUUGGAGAUAUUGAUAACAUACUUUUCUGUAUUGUUUUUAAUGUUGUAGAUGGCAGAUACAUUUUAAGAGCUUGAAUAAAAAGUAUCUUGUUGCCUAUGGUAAUAUUUCAGUAUUGAACUAAUAUGUCUCUUUCUAGUUAUUACUCAUUCUAUAUACAACAUUUGAAAUAUUCAAUGUGUAAACCAUUUAUUUCAUUGAAUUAAGUUUUUUUUAAAUUAAAAUGGAGUACUGUUCUAAAUGUAUUAAAUUUCUUUUAUGCCUAAAUUACAGCCCUGUAACCCAUUAAUUAAAUCUGCAUACCUUAUUCAAAUAUCUUUAAAAACAUAAUUUGUGUGUAGAAGAAUUUUGUUUAUAAUCCAAUAUUCAAAGCAAUUACUUCUGUUUUGCAGAAUUUGAUUACAUAUUAAAUUUUCAAGUUUUUAAUGCUUACAA